AUGGUAGCUGACGUAUUAAGUAGAAAGACUGCAAUUGAGUUGAGAGCAAUAUUUGUACAGCUCAGUAUGGUUGAUGAUGGAAGUCUUCUAGCAGAACUGAGAGUAAAACCGGUAAUGUUUGACCAGAUUAGAUCAGCACAGUUGAAAGAAGAUAAAUUAAUGAAGAAAAGAGAGAUGGCACAGAAUGAUACAGUAGAGAAUUUUACUAUAGACGAAAAUGAUUGUUUGAGAUUUCAGAAUCAGCUUUACAUUGUAACUACUUCUGAAAUAAAGGAGUUGAUUCUUCAAGAAGCUCAUAAUAGCCAAUUUGCUUUACAUCCAAGAGGAACAAAAAUGUAUUGUGACUUACGGGAACUAUAUUAG